AACCGGCACGAUGGAGGACAAGGUGCUCCUCGCCGUCGCCGUCGCCGUGGUGCUCGUCGCCCUCUCCUGGAGGCUCAUCAGGCCUUCCCUCGCCGCGAAGCCGAAGCUCAACCUGCCUCCCGGCCCGUGGAUGCUGCCGGUGAUCGGCAGCCUUCACCACCUCGUCAGCAGCCCGCUGCUCUUCCGGAUCCUGCGCGAGCUCGCGAAGAAGCACGGCCCGCUCAUGACGCUCCGCCUCGGCGAGGUGCCCGCGCUGGUGGCGUCGUCGGUGGAGGCCGCGCAGGCGAUCCUGAAGGUGCACGACACCAGCUUCGCCGACCGGUUCACCCCGGCCACCUUCGCGACGGUCGCCUACGGGGGCACCGACCUGAUACUCUCGCCCUACGGCGAGCGGUGGCGCCAGCUCCGCAAGAUCGUCGUGCAAGAGAUGCUCACCACCACCCGGGUGCAGUCCUUCAAGCACAUCCGCCAGGAGGAGGUGGCGCGGUUCCUGCAGGGCAUGGCCGCGUCCGCCGCUGCCGGCACCGCGGUGGACUUCUCCACGGCGGUCUCCAAGCUCAUCAAUGACGCCUUCUUGAGGGAGUGCGUCGGCAGCCGGUGCAAGUACCAGGACGAGUACCUUGACGCCGUCCACACGGCGACUCAACUGGCGUCGGGGAUAACCAUCGCCGACCUCUACCCUUCUUCCAGGAUCAUGCAGAUGCUCGGCACGGCACCACGCAAGGGUCUCGCGUGCCGCCGAAGGUUCGAUCGCAUACUCAAGCAGAUCAUCCAGGAGGCCAAGGAAGCCAUGGAGUGCGGCGACAAGACAGCCCACGAGAGCUUCGUUAGUCUGCUGCUCAGGCUCCAGAAGGAUGGAAGCAUGCCCAUCCCGCUCACAAAUGAAACCAUCAUCGCUCUCAUGUUUGACAUGUUAGCUGCGGGCAGCGACACCUCCUCGACCACGCUGAACUGGGCCAUGACCGAACUGAUCCGGUCGCCGGCUGCGAUGGCCAGGGCACAGGCUGAGGUGCGAGAAGCCUUCAAAGGGAAGAGCAUCAUCACCGAGGAUGACAUCGCCAAGUCCGGGAUCAGCUUCCUCAAGCUAGUGUUCAAAGAAACCCUCAGGCUGCAUCCUACCUCACCACUUCUGAUCCCACGUCAGUGUCGCGAGGCCUGUCAAGUCAUGGGCUACGAUAUCCCCAAGGGCACAGCCGUGUUCGUGAACGUAUGGGCGAUUGGCAGGGAUCCUCUGUACUGGGACGAUGCUGAGGAGUUUAAGCCAGAACGGUUCGAGACUAACAACCUAGAUUUCCGAGGGACUAACUUUGAGUUCAUCCCAUUUGGUGCUGGCCGUCGUAUGUGCCCAGGCGUCAACCUUGGGCUGGCCAACAUAGAGCUUGCACUGGCAAGUCUUCUCUACCACUUCGAUUGGACGCUUCCUAAGGGAAUGGAGCCUAAGGAUGUCCAGAUGUGGGAGGCUGUAGGAAUAGUUGCCAGUAAGGCAACAAGCCUUAUGUUGCACCCCGUUACUUUCAUUCCUCCUCCAGCUGUGGCGUAAAUAAGGUACUCAAGCAUAAAAUGGUUAAUGAAUAAGUAUGGCAAGAAUCAUGUAUGCACGCAGUCUAUGCUAAGUGUUAGUCCUGUAUUACAUAGUCCCAAUCUAUGCUAAGUGCUAUAUAAGUUUUGUGCAUUCCGGGUGUAAAAAUUAAUUGCUAGACCUGUAUUGUUACACAUGUGUUAUGCAAUAAUCUAUGUGUUUCCUUUUGGAAGUUCA